AUGGCUCUCGCACCUGCUGCCGCCGCCGUCGCCGGUGGUUGGGCCGCGGCGGCGUACCUCAAUGCCAAGUUCCACAUCCAAAAUGACCUCGAGAGCCUCCGGAGACUGAGAAAAGGGGCGAAAGAAUACGAGCGGCUGGUCAAGGCGGACAAGGUGUGCUUCUUCUACACGUUUGAAGAAACGUGCAAGAAGAGCUGGAACAAUCGCGCCGUCUGGUCGAGAGAAGGCGGCAUCUACACCUUUGGUCAGCUGUACGAGGAGACGCUCCGAUUCGCCCAAUGGCUGCUGGAGCAGGGGGUCAAGCCCGGGGAACUGGUGGCCAUGUACAUGGUCAACUCGCCGCAGUUCUUCAUUACCUGGUUUGCAUGCUCGGCGGUUGGGGCGGCCCCGGCAUUCAUCAACUACAAUCUCGAAGGAAAAGCGUUGAUGCACUGUUUGAACGUGUGUGAGACCAAGCUGCUGGUCGUCGACGAAGAUGCGGCAUGCCAGAAGAGGAUCAACCAGAGUCGAGCAGACAUUGAAGCCAAGGGCACCAAGAUCGCGGUGCUCGACGGCACGUUGAAGCAGGAGAUCGCCAUGAAACCCGUCCAAAGACCAGCCGACGAACUGCGUAAAGGCACAAAAGGCAGCUUCCCUUAUUGCCUUAUAUACACCAGUGGGACCACCGGCCUUCCCAAAGGCUGUGCUUUUACGCUACAACGGGUCUAUACCAUGUGCGGUCACCUGUUGCCACUCUGUGGUGGGAUUCCCGGCAAGGAUCAAUGGUACAACUCCAUGCCACUGUAUCACGGUACAGGGUCAAUCACCACCUCGUGUGCCCUCCUCCAAGGUCUCGCCGUCGCCAUCGCGCCCAAGUUCUCCGUCUCGCGGUUCUGGAACGACAUCCACGACUCGGAGUCCACGUAUUUCGUCUACGUCGGCGAGACAGCUCGCUAUCUGCUCAAUGCGCCGCCUCACCCACUGGAGCGGGCUCACAAGCUGCGCUGUGCCUACGGCAAUGGCUUGAGACCCGACGUGUGGGAGAAAUUCCAGACACGCUUCAACGUGCCCGAGAUCGGCGAGUUCUUCAAUUCCACCGAGGGCAUGUUCAGUCUGCUCAACUGGGACCGGGGCCCGUACCUGAGAGGCUGUGUCGGCCACCACGGACUAAUUUUGCGAACGAUGCUCCGCAACGUCUACAUCCCGGUCAAGAUCGACCACGAAACCGGGGACAUCUGGCGGGAUCCCAAGACCGGCUUCGCCAAGCGGACCCCGUACGAGGAAGGCGGUGAGAUGUUGGUGGCCGUGCCGAACAAAGAAGCCUUCCAGGGCUACUGGCGGUCGCAGGCCGCCACGGACAAGAAAUUCAGCACCGACGUGUUCAAGAAGGGCGACAUCUACUACCGCUCUGGCGACGCCCUGCGGCGGGAUCCGGACGGACGGUGGCACUUCCUCGACCGGCUGGGCGACACGUUCCGAUGGAAGUCAGAGAACGUAUCCACGGCCGAGGUGGCCCUGACCAUAGGCCAGUACCCUGGGAUUGCCGAGGCGAACGUGUACGGUGUGCUGGUGCCGAACCACGAAGGCCGAGCGGGCUGUGCGGCCAUCCACCUCGACCCCAACCACACGGGACCGCCGGUCGACUACAAUGACCUACUGAAGUUCACGCGCGCGCGGCUGCCCCGGUAUGCGGUGCCGGUGUUUCUGCGCAUCGUCAAGGCGAGCACACAUAUCCACAACCACAAGCAGAACAAGGUGCCGCUGCGCAAGGAGGGCGUCGACCCGAGCGCCAUCGGCAAGGAGGUUCCCGAGGGCAAGGACGACCUGUUCCUCUGGGUGCCGCCCAAGGGGGACGCAUACGUGCCGUUCACGCCCCAGGACUGGGAGAAGUUGAGUACCGGCCAGGCCAAGUUAUAA